AAGUGGAAGCACCACACAGAAAACGUUCCCUUCCGGUAUCCCUCGGCUAGGCAACACGCUCCUGGGGAUUGCAGGAAACCUGAAUGCAGAGGAUCGCCCAAAAUGAGUGAGUUCAAUGAGUUUUCUGGAGAGGAAGCAUGCCCAUGAGUUAUGAAUUCCUGGCAAACAUGAACAGAAAUGUUCUAUUGCCUUCAUGUUUGGCUUGUGGACCAUAGAAUCAUAAAGUUGGACGAGAUCACAAGGGCCAUCUGGUCCAUCCCCAUUUUGCCAUGAAGGAAGACACCAUCCAGACUCUGCUUAAAAACCUCCAGAGAUAGAGACAUUCCAGGAGACAACAGGCUGAUUGCAGUGGAAACAGAAUCCUGCACUAGCAAGAUUUCCUCUUAAUCCUCAAUCACAUUUUGGGAGAAUGAUGGGAUAAACAUGAGAGGAAGGAUGAAACAAAUGAACAACAAACACCAGGCAUAUCAUCCAAAAGUAUGUUGGCCUCCAUCAGUCACUGCAAGGCCUUACAAGGGCUGGAUGAUAUCUGAACUGUUUUUUUUAAUGAACCUGUUGGACUGAUCAGACUUGAAGGACAAAGCAGCUGUACUGAGGCAUUCUUCAAGGGGUGCAACUAAAAGAGGGAGAACAAAUAAAUACAAGGAUCCUGGUUUCUGUGAUAAGAAAUGGAUGACGCUCAGGAGACAGGGGUUACUGUUUUUCUGCUUCCAGAAAUAAAAAUGGAAGAGCAGGAUUCAGUAGGCCUUGAGGCAGAAGAUGAGAAUGCAAGUGAAGAGCAUCGGGGAAGCAGAGAAGAAGAUCCUCAAAGGGUAAAACAGGAACCAGUAGAAGAGCCGUCAAAGAACUGGGAUGCGCGGUUGGAAGAGUUUCUUAGGACACUGCAGCCAGUUUGUUCACAAGAGGAAACCCCACAAACCUCUGAGGUGGAACAACAAAGGGAUCCUAAAACAUCAGAAGUGCCUUCCCAGGGAGAGACAGAGCCCAACAAGCAGGCUAGCAAGUUGUGUGUUUCCCCAAGGACUCAGCCACAUCUUAUUGAGGGAACCCAGGUGGUAUUUGGGGCCCACCUGGAUGCCGAUAGCUAUGGGAAGAAAAGGGAGAAAGCCUUAGCUGGAGAUGCUGCCAGGUUGGAGAUGCGGCGCCAGCAUUUUCGGACCUUGCGUUACCAAGAGGCUGACGGGCCUCGGGAGCUUUGCAAGCAGCUCCAGCAGCAGUGUCGGAAGUGGCUGAACCCAGACAGAAACACCAAGGAGCGGAUGCUGGAGCUGGUGACCUUGGAACAUUUUCUGGCCGUGGUUCCGGCGGAGAUGCUGAGCUACCUCUGGGAAAAUGGCCCCGUGACAUGUGCCAAGGCUGUGGCCCUGGCAGAAGAUUUCCUGCAGAGUCAGCAAAGAGACAGAGACUUGGAAGAGCAGGGAAUGCAGGAGCUUUCAGACACGGAGGAGAGGCAUGAAACCAAACAGAAAGAUAAAGCCAGUGCAAACCUAUUGGAAAUCGGUGAGUGGCUGAAAGACAGGAAGGAAGAAAAUCCAUUCUUGGAUAGACCUGAGAAAAUGUCAGCAUUCCUGAAAACAGAAAAUGAUAACAAUUUUCUGUGUCAGGGAGAACCUGAGAAAAGUCAACAGAAGACAGACGGGCAGAAUAGGAAUGCCACAGAGGAGAAAAGGGAUCUGUAUGUUGAUUCACACGGUGGUUGUAAAGCUGGUGAUGAGUCCACUAUCCAACAGGAUGUCGAUAUGAAAUAUGAUAGAUGCAAACAAGGCACGCAGGAGAGCUCUCUUGAAUUGGAGAAGCCGUACAAAUGUUGGCACUGUGGCCAAAGCUUCAGCAGCAGCUCAGAUCUUCUGUCUCAUGAGCGAAACCACGUGGGCGAACAGCUGUAUAGGUGCUCCCACUGUGGAGGAAGUGAGAGGAUCCACAUGGGACGGAGGCCCCACAAAUGUUCUCACUGUGGGAACACCUUUGGCUGCAACCCUCAAGAGGAAACAAAUGGAGGGAAGAAAUUCCAUACUUGUGCAGAAUGUGGGGAAAAGUACAUGCACAGAUCGGGUUUGCUUAAACACCAGGGAGUCCACCGGGGAGAGAAACCUUACAAAUGCUUGAAGUGUGGGGAAAACUUUGGAAACUACUCAAAUUUCCGAACUCACUGCCGGACUCACACCGGAGAGAAGCAGUAUAAAUGCUUGCAGUGUGAAAUGUGUUUCAGUAGUAUUGCGCGUUUGAGAGCCCAUGAGCGAAUCCACGUGGUGGUGUGCUCCAGCUGUGGGAAAAGCUUCAGAAAUAAGUCUGAUCUUAUUGAACAUGAGAGAACCCACGCCAGGGAGGAUUCGUUUGUGUGUUUCGACUGCGGGAAGGCCUUCAAAUUCAACUCGGAACUGAUGGCUCAUGUUCGGACUCACAAGGAUAAGAAACUAGAGUGCCCUGAUACCAAGAAAACCCUCAUUUGCUUGGAAUGUGGAGAUAACUUUAAACAUGCCUCAGCCUUCAAGACACACCAGAGAGUCCAUAGAGGUGAGCACUGGAAGGAUCAGCAAGAUCAGGAGGAGUGUGUUGAGGGGCCAAGCGAGGUUAAGAUGGAGGCAGAAGAAGAGGAACCAAGGAAAAGACGGCGGCUCACUGGGGAGAUAAGCAAGGCUGCUGCAGUUUCUGAGCCCGAGGGUGCAAUGAUGGAGGAGUCGACCAGUGAGACCAAGGUGACUGAUGAGCAACCACAGCCUCAAUGCGACCAGGAUUCCCUUAAGAAUGAUUCAGAGGAGCAGCUGAUGAAGGCAGAGGCUCCUCAACAGCAAGUGCCCAAGAAAGCUGUGACGUUUGUGAGUCAGAAAGAGAGAAACGUGGUGGUGCAAUGCAAAUACUGUUUACCGCUGAUCAAGAAGAUUUGCUCAGAGCUUAGUGAUGCAUCUAGUGUGGAGCAGCACUUGAAGAUGGCUCACCCUGAUAAGCUGAACACCAUUCUUGAAAUCACAAGAGAUGGAAGGCCUGUCCCUUCAGAAGAACCUGUGCAUUUUGAUAGGGAAGAGGAUGAUAUUGCUGAUGUUUAUGGUCCCCCUGCCGUGAGGUUCAGAAGAUCUGGCAAACAAAAUGUCACCCAAAAAAUUCUCGAUAGGAUUCUCAUGGAUUACAUUACAGAGGAGAUUGUUCCACUUCAGACUGUGGACAAACCUACUUUCCUUGCACUGGUUCGACUGGGUCUUCCAAAGGAUCUCACCAUCAUGUCUGCAAAGACACUGAGAGACAGAAUUGAAAAGAGGGCGGCCGGCUUGCGUGAAAGCCUUGUGAGCCGGAUGAGUGCUGUGUCCCACGUGGCGACUAUUGCUGAUUGCUGGACCGAUGGCAAGAGGACCUUCUUAGGAGUCACGGCCCACUGGAUCAGCCCCAUUACUCUGAAGCGGGAGUUUGGGGCCUUGACGUACAAGCGCCUGAAAGGGCCCCUCACUUACAGUGUCCUCACCAAAGCCCUGUAUGAUGUUCAUGCACAAUACGGGAUUCACGACAAAGUUGUAUGUGUGACCACAGACAAUGGCUCCAACUUUAUGGAAGCAUUCCAAGGAUUUGGGGCCAGAGAACCUGCAGCUGCUGCAAACUCCAGUUCAGAGGAGGAGGAGGAUAAUUAUGAUGUCAACCAAGAUGAAUCUGGAAUGGAGUUUCUUCCUCUUUCUGAGACCCUGGAUACAGGCAACCUGGCAGAUGAAUAUGCCCCAGAGUCAGAUCCCAGUUUGCCACCACACCAUAGAUGUGCCAGCUACACUCUUAACCUGGUAGCAACUCAUGACGUUGCAGCCAUGAUAGCUGGCUCCACCCAAGAUGGCCCCUUUGGUCCCUUCCAAAAACAUUUUUGUGCCUUGGCAAGAAAGUGCCGUAAGCUGUGGUCCAAGCAGAACAAUUCAGCGCUAGUUGCGGAGUACAUCUAUGAACAAUGUGGUACAUAUUUGACGGUACCAAACCAGAUCCAAUGGAUUUCUGUCUUUGAUGCACUGAAGCAAUUGAACAUGCUUCUGUCUACCAUGCCACUAAAAGUGGAUGCCGUAAUGGACAUGUGUUCUUUGGCUAGGAUCACUGCUGAUGAGCGCCUAGUGUUGCAGGAGUACACUGAGAUCAUGGGGCCACUAGCAUUGUCCCUUGAUAUCCUGCAACGGGAGAAUGGCAUGUUCAUGGGGUACCUGCUGCCAACUCUAUACAGCCUGGAGCGCAAGUUGCAAGAGCUAGAAAGCAAGCCUGUACCAUAUAUGUACUGUCUCCCACUCUUGACAGGCAUCCGGGAAGCCCUAAGGAAGCGGUUUGCAGGCAUUUGGGAGGACAAGGAGCUUAUUCUGGCAGCCUGCUUACACCCCCGUUUCAAAACAGACUGGGUGGAUUCAGCUCAGACUGCCCAGAUCAACAGGUCUACCAUGGAAGCCUUGUUGAAAGCUGAACUCAAGGGUGCCACCACUGAAGAAUCCUCAGAGAAAGACCAGGAAGGAGACACGGGUUUGCUUGACUUUUUUGACAUCCAGCCCCAGGAAGGGAGAUCAGUAGCGGACCCAGUUGAGAAGGAAAUCUCAAAGUACCUAAAGACACCCAGCAGGGAGCUGUCAUCCCUGCUUGCCUUUCCAAUUAUAUGGCGGAGUUUUUUAAAGUUCAACACAGGCGUGCCUUCAAGUGCUGCAGCAGAAAACCUCAUCUGUAGAGAUGGGAACAUCAUGGCUGCGAAAAGGCAUUCCUUGCCAGACUAUAUUUUUGAGGACUUGGUUCUUCUGAAGCAGAACAGGGCUUUAUCAACAUUUCAAGUGUCAAAACAUAGUUUGGUUUAAGAGCUGAAAAGUGAGUAAGAUCGUAGAAUUAAUAGCAGUUUGAUACUAAUUACACUGGCUCAGUGCUAUGAAAUCAUAGGAGUUGUAGUUUUAUAAGGUCUUUAGCAUUCUCUGCCAAGGAGUGCUGGUGCCUUGCCAAAUUACGACUCUCAGGAUUCCCUAGCACUGAGUCAUGGUUGUUAAAGUGGUGUCAAACUAUUAAUUCUUCAAUGUAGUGGCACCCCUAGUUAUGUGUUCUCUUUUGGUAUGGUCCUACUUUAUAUUUUCAUUGGAUAGAAACUAUUAUAAGACCAAAGUUAACGUAAUAAAAUAUAACUAUUAAUGAAAA